CCACGGACCUCGACAUCACGACACGAUGCCCGUCGUCAAAGGAGGAGUAUGGACGAAUAUAGAAGAUGAAAUUUUGAAAGCCAGUGUUUCGAAAUAUGGUCUGAACCAAUGGGCGCGAGUUUCGUCGUUACUGGCGCGAAAAACACCGAAACAAUGCAAAGCGCGAUGGAGCGAAUGGCUUGACCCGGGUAUCCGGAAGAUCGAAUGGAGCAAGGAGGAAGAUGAGAAGCUCCUGCAUCUGGCGAAGUUGAUGCCCACGCAAUGGCGCACGAUCGCUCCGCUGGUUGGCAGAACUGCUACACAGUGCCUGGAGCGCUACCAACGACUUCUGGAUGAAGCUGAGCAGAAGGAAGCUGGAGAGUUGGGACUAGGUGGGCCUGAUGGAGGAGAGACCAAGGCUCCAUCUGCGGAUGAUGUUAGGAGGUUGAGACCUGGAGAGGUGGAUCCGGAUCCUGAAUCGAAACCUGCGCGACCUGAUACCAUUGAUCUGGACGAAGAUGAAAAGGAAAUGCUGAGCGAGGCUCGUGCCCGUCUGGCGAAUACACAGGGAAAGAAGGCGAAGCGGAAGGCGAGAGAGAGGCAGCUGGAGGAGUCGAGACGGUUGGCGGUGUUGCAGAAGCGCAGAGAGUUGAAAAAUGCGGGUAUCAAUAUUAAGGUCGUGAACCGUAAGAAGGGGAUGAUGGACUACAAUGCCGAUAUUCCGUUUGAGAAGGCUCCUGCACCUGGAUUCUACGAGACUGGCGACGAGCAGAUGCAGAAUGAGAAAGAAAGAGAGGCCUUUGAUCCUAGGAAGCAGCAGCUAGCGAACAAGCGAAAGGGCGACCAGGAAGAGGACCCAGAUCGAAAACGUAGGAAGGGAGAGAAAGAAGCCCCAUCUGCCUCAUAUCAAGCAGCUAUGAAGGCUGGUCAAAUGCAGAAGAUUCGAGAGGCGGAACAAAGCAGCAAAAGAAGAUCUCUUGUUUUGCCAGCACCACAAGUUGGAGAGGGAGAGUUGGAGGAAAUUGUCAAAAUGGGCAUGAUUGGUGAAAGGGCCAACAUGAUUGCAAGAUCCAGUGAGAAUGAUGCGACACGAGGCUUGGUCAACACAUAUUCGACUGUCAACAGUGGAGCACCUAUUCGAACACCAAGAGCACCUGCUCAGGAGGACCAUAUUGCGAAUGAGAUCAGAAACAUCAGAGCCUUGACUGAGACACAAUCGUCGCUACUAGGUGGUGAGAAUACACCUUUGCACGAGGGCAUUGGUAGCACGGGGUUCGAUGGAGUUACUCCCCGACGACAACAGAUGGAAACACCAAAUCCUAUGGCAACACCUUUCAGACAAGCUUCGAACGGUAUUGGCCAGACCCCGAUGCGACCUCCAGCGAUUCCAGGUCAAACUCCAAUGCGUACACCUCGUGACACAUUUGCUCUCAACGCCGACGGAGAAAUGCAACUUGUCGGUGGCACUCCUAGAGACAUCAAACUGAGAGAAAUGUCAAUGAAGCACAAGCUGAAGCAAGGUCUUGCAUCUCUGCCGAGGCCAAAGGAUGUUGAAUGGGAGCUAGAAUUGCCCGAGGAACAGCAAGAACUAAUUGGCACCGAAGAACUCUCCGAAGAAGAUGCAGCCAUCCGAGACGAGAGAAAUCGACUGAUCCGAGAAGCACAAGAAGCAAUCGAGUUCAAGAGGCGGAGUCAAGUCAUGCAGAAAGGGCUCCCUCGCCCCACUGCUCUUGAUAUAAAUGCGCUCCUUCUAGGAGCUUCCCAAGUUCAGGAUCCCAUUCUAGCUACAAUUGCAAGAGAAGCUGCUUUGCUUGAGGCAAACGACGCUAUCAAAUAUCCAGUUCCAGGUGCCCGAGUCAGAGGCACUCCAGGGCCCCUGGCUGUGAUCGACGACGACGACCUCGCUAGAGCCCGACUUGUUAUCGCGCGAGAAGUCCCAGAAUCAGCGGCCCAGGCUGGGUCAGAAGAAUUCCAGAAGUUAUGGAGUGAGGCGAAAACCCACUCGCUGCUGCCGGGCAUUAGCGGCUACGAAGAUGAGGUCGAUGAACAUCAGAUGCUCGUCCAGACUUUCGACGUAUGUAUUUCUCCAUUUAACCAACCAGACUCAAAUGCUAACAAUUUGCCUAGAACGUUCAAGAUAAACUAGUAGCUACAGCCGAGAAAGGCAAUAAACUCCAGAAGAAACUAGCCCUCCACCUUGGCGGCUACCAAAAGCGCGCCAAUACCCUGCGCCAGAAAAUUGGCGAAGCAUCCGAAGCCCUGGACAAAGCAAACCAGUCGCUGGAUUCCUUCCGCACGCUGCAAAUAUCCGAGGAAGCAGCUAUCUCACGUCGUUUGGAAGCGUUGCGUGCUGAGGUUGGGUUUGUGGCUACGAGGGAGAGAGAAGCGCAGGAUCUGUACAGGAUGAGGAAGGAGGAGUUGGUCAAUUUGACGGCGGGGACUAAUGGGUAUCAUUGAGGAGAGACUGGUUCAGGACAUAGCAUGGCAUGGAAUGGAAUGUUGUACAACAGUUAGGAAGAGUACAUACUCUUCGAGCCCGAGAUUCAAUGGAUAUAUUAUGGCACUUGUUGACCUGACACCUGGUGUCAUUUCACAAGUGGCAUUCAGGACUACGCUGAUUUCAAAAUUGUUUGAAAUCCAAUGUUUUCAGUACCAAGCCUGUGAGAGAAAGUAGCGUGACCGAAGUGAACAUGCUUCGUUGCUUGUGCACCAUAGCGUAAGUCCGCAAUGGCUCGCUUAACGCCUCGAAUGUAAACAACUAGGGGCAGCUGCUAGAGAC